CACCGCCAUUUCUUGUUAUUCACAAAGCUCUGACCUUUGCUUCUCCAAUGGCACUCAAUCUCUCAUCUUCACUCUGUUUUCAAUUCAGAACUCCAAUUUCAGCCCCAAAACACCAAGAAUUCGGCUUCAAUUUCAAUUCUACUCCACUUGCUCAUAGAAAUGAUAGAAAGGUUGUGAGUUGUGGUUUGGGUGGUGAUGAUAUGUUGGGUGAUUUUGGUGCUAGAGAUCCAUUUCCAGCUGAAAUUGAGAGUCAGUUUGGUGAUAAAGUAUUGGGUAGUGGUAAUACAGAACAUAAAAUUCUAAUACCCAAUAUCUCUGCUCUUUCACUUUCUUCACAGGAAUGUACUCCUCUUGACCCUUCACAGCCUCCUCUUACUAAGCAAGUUGCCCAACAGCUCCUGAGAAAGGUUAUUGGGUGGAGAUUGGCGGAAGAUGAUGGAACAGGUAUACUAAGACUACAAUGUCUAUGGAAAUUGAAAGAUUACAAAAGUGGGAUUGAGCUAAUAAACAGGAUUUACAAUGUUGCUGCAACCACUGGGUUUUAUCCGGAUCUUCAUUUGGAACAACCUAAUCAAGUUAGAGCUCAAAUCUACACUCCUUCAAUCGGUGGACUAAGUAUAAAUGACUUCAUCUUAGCUGCAAAAAUUGAUGACAUUAAGACGUCGGAUCUUGUGCCUAGAAAAAGAGUGUGGGCGUAGUCGACUAUGGCUGGUCUGCAAAAGAGAGAAGAUCACUGCUAGCGCUCGUUCACUGGUAAUAUCUGCCUGUUUUCCUUUGUAAACUCCUCCUUGAGAUUACCAGAGUCAUCAUUAGACUAGUAGAGGCAUGUAAAAGUAUAUUUUUGAUGUACAUUGUCACAUUGAAUUCUAGAUCAAACAUUGUAUGAGCCAUGAAAUUUCAGUAAAAUAGAAUUUAGAAACUUGAAACACAGUUUCGGAUUUCCAAUUCACUCAA